ACUCUGGCGGAGGGAUGAGUGUUGGAACCUUCUGGGCCUGCAACGCAAUCACGCACAAUUUUGUAAUGCUCUACCACCCGGUGAUUCGAUUAAAAAAAAAAUUUUUUUUUUAAAGGGAAAAAAGCCCAUAGUUUAACGAUUGGAGUGAAAAUAAGUUUGACUGAGGACAAAAAUGUCUUAGCGAUCCGGAUUUCUCUAUAAAUGCAAACGCCACACGUCAACACUUUUCAGGGUCCCAGGAGAGGGCGGGGCGGAAAAACUGGGAAGGCCGUGAACUAGACCUUAGAGCUAAAGCAUCAAUCCAGUGUGAUUCACUAAGCAGUAUUAUACCAAGCGACUUCACUACUCAGGAUGGAAAUAGAGCUGAGAGAUGAGAACAUUAAAAAGCGUUUACCUGUGACUCCGGAGCUGAGCUUGCAACAAUUUAUUGAACAGUCUAACUUACUGGAAGAACUUAAAUAUGACUUCAAUGAAAAAGCUGAAUUGAGACACAUUGAGACACAAAAGCCUUUUGUCUUUAACUAUUAUAAAAAUGUUCUUGAGAGGAACAGUAAGCGAUACCAGGCCCUUGGACAUUUGCUUGAACGAUACAUUUAUGAGCUGUUGGAGAGCGUGUGCAAAUUACAAAAAGUAUACAUUCCACUAGAGACAGAUAAGGAACAUAGAAGCUUUUUUUUUAUGAGUGAAAAAGCAUUAUCAAAUCAUCACUCUGUUCUUGUCCUUCUUCAAGACCGCGGGGUCUUUCGAGCUGGUCAGUGGAGUCAGCAGGCAACAAUACAUCAUGGUCUCCAGCAUGGAAGCCAGAUACCAUGUAUUCAGAUGGCAUUACAGGCACAUUAUGAAGUAAUUGUGCUAAAUCCCAAUGAUAAUUUUGUGGACCUGAAGAUGGGGAAAGAGUGGAAAGACCAUUUAUCACAAAAUAGUGAGUUAUCCUCCCUAAAAAUGUCUCAUACUGAGAGCUUUUUGUCACUCCAGCAACCUCUUCAUUGCAUUCCAAAAACAUGCAGCAACACCCCUGAAGAGCACGUGAUUUCCGUUUGGGAUGACUUCAUUUCAAAGAGUCAGAGCAAGGACAUUGCCUUCAUUGCACAUGGCUAUGGAGGCUUGGUUUUUAUGGACUUGCUUGUUCAUAGAAAGUGGGAAGUGAUGAACAAAGUCUACGCUGUUGCGUUUAUUGACUCUGAACACCAUGUGAGACACCAGGUUGGAAGUGAUGGACAGCUGUUAUCAUGGAUAAAGCACCACUGUCGGGAAUGGAUCACAAGUCCUAAACCUUUGGAUAAACCUGCAGUUACUGUUUUGAAAAAGGAGUUUCCUAUGGUUUCUGCUGGUACAGAAAUAUACAACUUAGCCCCUUCUUCUAGCCUACAAUCAAUUUUCAAAUUCUUUAGAAGAUCCUUGAAAGCCAAAACAAGUAUUAAGUUCUCACGAUUACCAAUAGUAACUAGAAGCACCACUAAAAGAAAGCAAAGCCAGAGCCAGAGCCAGAGCGGGUAGGGCAGUAGCCUUGCAUGUGGCUGACCCGGGUUGGGUCCCUGGCAUCCCAUAUGGUCCCCCAAUGGGUAUAAUUCCAGGUAUAAUUCCGGGUAUAAUUCCAGAGUGCAGAGUCAGAAAUAACCCCUGAAUAUCCGGGUGUGACCCAAAAAGAAAAAAAAAAGCUUAAGUAUUUUUCUUUAAGUUUUAUUUUGUUAUUGUUGGAGUUUUUUUGUGUUGUUUGUUUUUUGUAGUGGCUGAAAUUAAGCCCAGGGCCUUGCUCUUGUGCUUUUAUCACAGAACCACAUCCUAGGCCCUAAGAUUUUUUUUGUCCCACUGAAACUCUGCUACUAAGAAUACUGAAAGGAAAAAAAAAAUUUAAGGGGCCAGAGAGAUCGUGCCGGUAUUAUGGCAUAUUCCUUGCACACAGUUAACCUCCCAUCCCAGCACCACAUGGUGCUCUGAGGACUACAUGAUCCUCUGGGAACUUCCCAGUGUGCGCCCACUCCCAUGCAAAAUCAAAAACAAAGAGUUCUAGCUUGAAGUCUGAAUUUUUUUUCUAAGUAACUAUGUUUUCUUUCAGUGUCCUGGUUCAAUACUAAGCACCACAUAUUAGCAAACCAGGAUGUUGGUGAGUGCCAUCAUCAACAUUUUAUUGGAUUUGUCAAAUUACAGCAUCUUUGUUUUGUAAAAGUUACUUUCUGGGGCAGAAGAGAUAGUACAGCAGGUAUGGUACUUGCCUUGCACGCAACCAACCAGGUUUUUAUCCCCAGCACCCUGCGCAAAUAGCCAAGAGUAAGCCCUGAGUACAGCCAAGUGUGGGCCCAAAACAAAAAUAAGAAGAGUUCCUUUUUUUUUUUUUUUUUCUUUUUGGGUCACACCUGACUCUUCACUCAGAAAUUACUCCUGGCGGUACUCAGGGGACAAUAUGGGAUGCUGGGAAUCGAAUCCGGGUCGGGCCGGGUGCAAGGCAAAUGCCUUACCCGCUGUGCUGUUGCUCCAGCCCCGAAGAGUUACUUUCUUAAGUUUAAUAGAAUCUGCCAAACUUGUGGGUGCUGGGAACUGAAUGUAAAAACAACAAUUAAAUAUAAAGACAACAGUCUUUGAUUUUCAUGUUAUUUACACCAUAUUAAAAUCACAAGUGGCCAUAAAAACUAAAAAUCACAAACUCCAUUUUUGUGUUUGUCAUUUUUUAAUUUCAAUAUUUGUAUUUUGAAUUAUGGGGCUAGAGCGAUAGUACAGUGGGUAGGGUGCUGGCCUUGCAAGUGGUAGACCUGGGUUCAAUCCCCAGCAUCCCAUAUGGUCCCCUGAGUACAGCCAGGAGUAAUUCCUGAGUGCAGAGCCAGGAGUAACCCCUGUGCAUCGCUGGGUGUGACCUAAAAAUCAUAAAAAUUGUAAAAUAAUAAAGGAUGCUGGGGCAGGAGUGAUAAUACAGUGAAUAGGGCAUUUACCUUGCACAUGGCUGACAUGGGUUCAAUCCCCGGCAUCCCAUAUGGUCCCCUGGGAAAGCCAAGAGCACCCUGAUUGUGACCUGAUGGGCCUAGGACCUCACCUGACAGAGAGGGAUAAAAAUGAAUAGAGUGAAAAAAUAGAAGUUUAUUGAGGUGCGUUCCAGCGUGCUCACCAGACCCUAUGGACCUCUGGUGAGGCUGGAGUAGAAUUGUGCCCUCAGAGGACUAAGCAGGAUUGUCAGUUGUCUUGGUGGGGAAGGUAACAAAGACCAGUGGAAGCAGUAUACUUGGUAAGUACGGAAUAUAGCCUGGGGCUACCAGAUUUGGGAUGGGCCACAAGCCCUGUUUUUGGUGUCAGAGUUCACAGGGUGAUCUUUGAUUCCAGGAAUGUUGCUAUCUCAUCAGCUGGCCACCCUUUGGUCCCCAGCAAAGCUAAAAUGACCCCCCCCCCAAAAAAAAAGAUGAAAUAAUGCUAUGGAUCAUGCAGAAGGAGAGGUACUCAAUCCUGCAACUUCAGGAAUACUUCCCUGAGAAAAUGAUACUUGGUUUGAAGAAUGGUAGUAGUUAACUGGAAAAGCAAAAUUAGAGACAAAGAACAUAAGCAAAGUUCUUAAGGCAGAAAAAAAAAAGUCUAGUUCAGCUGGUGCUAAAGAUUUGAGGGAGGGAGGGUGUUAAAACAUUUAUGACAUCUUCAGGGGCUGGAGAGAUAGUAUAGUGGGUAGGAUUCUUAUAUGCGGCUGACCCAUAUUCCAUCCUUGGCAUGACAUAUGGGUCCCCCAAGCCCUUCAAAGGAGCCAUCCCUGAGCACAGGGACAGGAGUCAGUACUGAGCACUGCCAAAUAUGGCCCCCAAACAAAUAUUCAUUACAUCUUCAAAGAUGAUAAGGAAAGCUUUUUCAAGAAAAAUUAUUAAAGGGGCCAGGUAGUAAGUACAGGGGUUAAGGCUCUUGUCUUGAAUCCUAAAACCCUUGUUCAAUACCCAGAACGAAAUAUGGAGUAACCCCUAAGCACCACCAGGGGUCACUACUGAGCAAAGUUUGAGAAGACCCUCUGUGCACUACGGCUUAGAGGCCAAACUCUAUCCCAAAGUAAAAUUACUGUCAUGGGGAGUUUACAGUAGGAAAGAAAGAGGAAAAUCAGCUUCAAAUACAAGGAGUGGGGGCUAGAGAUAUAGUACAGAAGGUAAGGCAUUUGAUUUGCACGCAACUGAUCCAGCUUCAAUCUUCAGUACCAUCUAUGGUCCCCAAGUACCACCAGGAGUGAUCCCCAAAGCACAGAACCAGGAGUAUGCCCUGAGCACAGCUGGGUUGCCCCAUCACCAAAAAAAAGAAGAAGAAGAAGAAGAAAAGGAGCAGAGCCUGAAAGAAGAUAACUGAAAGGUCUGGAGCUCCAGGAGUCCAGGUUCAUUAUCUGGCCCCUCACGGCCUUGAGCACCAUCAGGUGAGGCCCCCAAAAUAAAGAGUAAUAGAGAUGUGACUCACUCGUUCAUGCUCUGGGUUUGAGGUCCCCCCCUUCAAUGCCCCCUCCCGCAGGCCUAAAAAUACAAGGACAAACGGAGUUGGAAGGGGGAGGGGUUAUUGCUCUGUAAAUGGGUAAGGGAAAUUCUUGCUAGACAACUGAAUUCUUGCAGAUCAGGAUAAAAAGAGUAAUUUUAUCUGCCUCAAAAGGCAGGAAGAUUUCUCACUGAGCUGAUUCAGCAGAAUUCUUGCUAAACAGCUCGUGAACAGCACCUAAUAUCGGAGCCUAGUUGAAAGGGUUCACAGGAGCCAGACUCAGAUUUGGUCAAGGAGAAAAGUUUUGUCCAUAAAUGAAAACCAAGAGUGAAUUGCAGACAGUCUGAGGGCUCCAAUCCUGUAAUAUUUCUGCCUCUUAAUAAAAGAGGCAGAAGGAAAAGUUCUUUGAAACCACCCAGUCCACCUCCAAAAUAGCAAAAGAUAUUUUUAAACAUUUGACAGAUAUCUUAAAAUAUUAUCAAACAACACUUAGCUAAAAUUUAACCAAAGGAACAAUCAGCAACUUGAAAAGCAUAUAUAGAAGCUUCACGUAGCUGUGAACAAAAUUUU